UGAAGAGGAAAAAGAGGAAGAAGAAAUGAAGAUUUGAAAUAGAGACUGGAUAAAGAUGAAAGGAAAAAAAGGCUCAUCACAUUUAAUUGUAACCAUUUCUAAAUGUAAAUCGAACUAACUCUUUUUUUCAUUUACUUCUUCUUCUUCUUUCCUCCUUUUUCUAUCUUCAACUCUUCAUUUUAUUCUUACAUCUUUUCUUCUUUUCUUUUCAAGUACCUUUUUUGUUUUCUUCCUUUUUUUAAUCAUCCUUCCAUUAUCAAUAUCAUCAUCUUUAUCCUCACCAUCACCAUCAAAAAUCAUCAUCACUCUCACCAUCAGUUGAUCUGUUAUUAAUUUGUUGUGUGUCUCUGUGUCAACCAAUUGCCAUUGUAAACCAUUACCAGUGUUGAGGGAAACCCAAUUUUCAUGAGACCAUGAUUUAUUAAUGAUAUAAUAUCUGUUCCAUGGAUUUAACCUGGACUUAUGUAUAUUUUUAAUCUCAUGCUUCUGUUAAUCAACAUACAAAGUUCGUGUCCAUCACCAUUAACAUCAAAAUCAACCUUAACUUCAAUAUUAACAUUGCUCUCAACAACAACAACUUUCAAAUCAUACUUCUUCCAUAAUUUAACCUCUUCCUAUAUCUUUAAAUUAACAUUACCUAAACCGUUGAGAAUUAAUAAAUUUAAUAGUAAUAAUAAUAAGAAUCAGACGUUAAUACUAAAAAGUAAUAAUACACUUAAUAAUUUAAUGCUAGUAAUAAUUGAAACAAUUAAUCAAUCUCUUUGAGAAUCAAACCUUUUAACCCAAAAAAAACCGUUUCUUUUGGCAUUCACUUUACUUCUUAGCUUCUUUACCCAUAAAAAUGAUCGUUUGGUUAUACCGUUUGGUUAACUUCAACCUUUCAACCAAACCUUGUUAAUAGUUACUAUUGAUUAAUUAUUGUGAUUUUAAUUAUAUUAAAUAGUUGAAAAUAGUCUAUUUAUUAUUUAAUAUAAAAUGUUGUUUACAUUCCAUCCUUUUUAGUUCUGUUUCCCUGUUAAUGCUUUUACCAGUAUUAAUCUGUUUCAUCGGGUUAACUCUUUCUGGUUACUCUUUUUUUGUUGCUUAACCAUGUUUAGCCAUUACAUUAAAAUGCAAUUUCAGUGCCAAAAAGUGUUCCAACAGUGUGUCCAUAUUAACUGCAAUUUGCUCCUGAUGUUGACCAUGGUUGUGAAGAAACAAUCAAAUUAAGAGGAAAUAAUCUAGUGAAAUUAUUGAUAAUUAAUUGAACCCAGGGAAGAAGGCAAAACACAAAACAUCAUUACAAGAACCAGAAAAAUACAAAGGAUUAUUUACACACACAUAUACACAAGAAGAAAGUGAACCAACCUUGGAAUCAUCUUGUUACCCAUUAUCAUCCAACUUUGCCUAGUUGGUUUCAUUUUUCACCCAAAAAACUCACAUUUUUACUUAUAAUUUUCAUCCAUUUUUCUGUCAUAUCUUUAUUGUUUUGUCAUCUUCACACAAUCCUAGAAGGCAAAAAGAAAGUGAAGCCCAGGAUUCAGGACAUUCAACAAAUUACAUGAGUGAAUCAACCCGAGGCUCAAUCUGUGAAUCUUUUAUUUUAAUAGCCUCCUUCUCAUCCAGUUCCGUCUGCUGCAAUAUCAUUUAAAUUACAAGAUAAACUGCAACCAGAUAAUUAUCCGUUUAUUAACACGUAUUUGCACCAAAUUUGUACAAACAUCAACUGUUGAAUUUUGAAGCGAUUCAUUUGGUUGUCAAAAAGUCAAAGGACAACAACAAAAAAAAAAUUGCAUACUUUUGUGGAAUCCCUGUGAUUAUCUUGAUAAUAUUACCUGGCAGACAACAUGUUACGCCGUUUAUCAAUAGCAUCAACCUUUCGCACAACUGGAUCCACCAACAAGGUUAAAUAUUGUAAAAAUCGUGGUGUUGCCCGGAAAACGGGGCGAAAAGUGAAAGGUGUUAUAGGAGCUGAUGAUGAUGAAGAUGAAGACGAUCUAGAACAAGGUGAAAUGGACUCUUUUAAUGGUGUUAAAGUUAUUGGUGGUGGUUACAGUGGUACUGGUGGUGGAGGUGGCCACUUGCAUUCCUGUCUAUCACCUUCCAGUUACUCCUCAUCGCAACAUCAUGCUUCAUAUAACCAUCCAUCUUCAUCAUCACCACCUAUCAAUAUUAUGAAAAUUGGCCAAGGACAGGUUACUUAUGGAGGUAAAGAAGGUCCAACUAGUUCAACUGGAAUCGGAAAGAAAGGUGACUUGGAGAGAAAUGGUCCAAGAGUAAUACCGGGAAUAAUUACUUCUUCUGGUCGGGGAAAUGAUAAGGUUGCUCGAGUUUUCUCAUCUCAGUCAACUUCUUUACAGAACCAUCGAGGAGUAAGCAUCGAAGGAAAAGGUGACAAUGAGACCAAUAAAUACAACGACAAUGAUGAUGAUGAACAUGAUGAAUCAAAUAAUAAAAACAGUGAGAUUAAACCCAUUAUUAUUCCAACAAUUAGUGGAAGCACUUUGAUAAACAAGAAGACAACGGAAGACGAGGAAAGUGUCUACUUGAGUCGUAAAAGGAGAGAAAUGAGAAAGAAGGAAAUUAAACGUGAUUUUGACCGAUCAGAUGAUCGACUAGGAUCAUCUGGAGUAUCUGGUAAACGUGGAGUUGGUCCAGGAGGUAGCAGUGGAAAAGGAUGGUCAUUUGUUUUUGAUCCAGCAGGAAGAUUGUGUUAUUAUUGGUCAAUGAUUGUUUCCCUUGCUUUUUUAUACAAUUUUUGGGUCAUCAUAUAUCGUUUUGCCUUUAAUGAGAUCUCUUCGGAAACAAUGGUUCUCUGGUUAACCUUUGACAUUCUUUCCGAUACUGUUUACAUUCUUGAUAUUCUGAUAAACUUCCGCAUCUGUUAUCUAGAUGAAGGGGUUCUUCAAACAAAUGCCAACAAAUUAAGACAAUAUUAUAUGAAUUCAACCUUCUUUUACAUUGAUUGUCUUUGUCUACUUCCAUUGGACUUUCUUUACCUCUCUAUUGGUUUCAACUCUAUCCUAAGAGGCUUCAGACUGGUCAAAAUAUAUAAAUGGUGGUCUUUCCUUGAUCGAACUGAACGUCAUACCAAUUAUCCGAAUGUUUUUCGAACCGUUUCACUGGUCCAUUAUAUUUUGGUCAUCUUCCAUUGGAAUGCUUGCUUCUAUCAUCUGCUUUCAAAGCGAAAUAAUUUUGGUUCGUCCGAUUGGUUUCUUGGUUCAAGGGAUCAUCAACUUUGUCCCGAUGUUGAAUGUGACUAUUUACAUGCCUUUUACUGGUCCAUUCUGGCAUUAACUAUAAUUGGUGACCUUCCUCGACCACGAACCAAAGGAGAAUAUAUUUUUCUCAUUGUUGAACUAUUUUUGGGGCUUUUUUUGCUGGCCACGGUUUUAGGACAUGUGGCCAAUAUUGUGACCAAUGUGAGUGCUGCUCGUAAAGAGUUUCAAGCAAAAUUGGAUUCUGUUAAAACGUACAUGAGAAUGCGAAGAGUCCCUGAACAUCUUAAAGUAAAAGUCAUCAAAUGGUUUGAUUACCUUUGGAUGACACAGAAAUCAGCAGAUGAAGAAAAAUCUGUUGGCUUUUUACCUGCCAAACUAAAAGCCGAGAUUGCAAUCCAUGUUCAUCUUGAUACAUUGAAACGAGUUGAAAUCUUUCAAAAUACAGAAGCUGGUUUCCUUUGUGCGCUGGUUCUUCGACUUCGACCCGUUCUCUUCUCACCCGGUGAUUAUGUUUGCCGUAAAGGUGAAGUCGGUAAAGAGAUGUACAUUGUUAACCGAGGUAAACUUCAAGUUGUCUCGGAUUCCGGGGCCAAUGUUUUGGCCAUCUUAAGAGCAGGAAGCUAUUUCGGUGAAAUAUCAAUACUUAACAUGGGAACAGCAGGUAACCGGAGAACAGCAUCAGUUAAAUCAGUUGGUUACUCUGACCUAUUUUGCCUGAGUAAACAAGAUCUUUGGGAUGUAUUGAAAGAUUAUCCAGCAGCACGAGUCAGAUUGGAAGCAAUUGCUUCCAAACGAUUAGAAAAAUAUAAGAAAGAACCGCUUCUUAAAAGUAGACGGAAAGAAGAGCAACAAUUUUCCAGAGGACGAAGCAAAAGUACUCCAGGAAUUCAAUCAAAAUAUAACCUUAAUUUACCAAAGGCCAAUGAUGGUAAAUACUCUCGAAAUCAUACUCAAUCAGCAAAUACAUUGUUAACUGAUGACGAGUUACUUGUGAUAAAUGAAGAAAAAUCUCAUGAAGAAGGUGAAAAUGGUACUCGAAGGGGACAAGAUGAAAAUGAUGAUGAUCUUGGUGAUAGAGGUGGUGAUGGUGAAGCUCAUGGAGUUGGAGAUGAGUUGGAUCGACAUUCGGAUCAUCAACACUCUCUGCUUCCUCCAUCGUAUCAUCUUCACCAACAGCAAAGUUCAUCUGGUCUUUCUGAUGGAAUCAAAACUGAAUUAAAUAACUGUAAUUCACAAGCCAGUGUUGCCUUUAUCAAGGAAGGUGUGAACAUUUAUUUUACUCCGCCAACCCCAACUCCACUUACCACAGCCAAUCUCGAUUGGUUGAUUGAUGGAUCUUCCAUUUCUCCUUCAGUGGCUACUACUACAACGUCCAAACGUAGUCCUGAAGGUGAACCAUCGAAUGCUGACAGCAAUCAGGGAAUUGUCCCAAGACCAAAUCAACUUCGCCCAUCAGCAUCUCCAACUCCACCAUUCAACUCAUCCAAUUCACCUUCACACAGCCACAGCCAUUGUAAUGUGCCUUCAUCAACUAGCACAUCAAACACCUACCAUCAUCAUCAUCAUCCCUUUGCGUGUCAUCUCAUUUCUCCUGCUCAUUCGACAUCACACUUGUUUCUUUCGACGGCCUCUGGUACACCUUUGGUUCCACUUUCUCCUGUUCCAUCUUUUGGGGAAAGUGAGGCUUCUUCUGCAGUUAAUGCCGCUCUAUCGGCAGCUGCGGCCACCACAUCGGCUGGAAAUUUACCGCCGCAAGAGAUUUUGCUUUCUGAGAUUAAACGUCUUCGAGAUAGAUUGGCUCAUCUUGAGAAGGAAAACACUUCAAUGAGUUACAAACUGUCCCAACAGCAAUGGGAGGUCGAGGAAAGGUUGAAGGGCAUUGAGAUGAAGAUGAUAGCUACUAAAGAGGACGAUGCCAGUUCAUGUGGGAAUCGUAUCUUCAAUGAUGAUAGACUAAUUGUUGGUUGUGAAAAUGAUGAUGAAGAUGAUGGUGAGGGUUACAAUGGUGAAUUGGUUCUUUGCGGUGAAACUGGUUUUGAAUCGAGUGGACCUGAAGAGGAAGAUGGCUUAUGUAGAUGUCCAGAAGAUGAAGAUGGUGUUGAUCAUGGUGUUAAUGUAGAUAAUGAUAUUGACGACGAUGAAGAUGAAAGUGAGAGAAAUAAAGAAUCUAUUAUUUAAUGAUAAAAUGUUGAUAGUUCCAGGCUUGUUACAUGAAAAAUAAACAAAGUUAUGUGUAAAUGAGAAAUCAAAAGGAGACUUUUUUGCUUCUCUUCUAGUCCUUUUCCUCUCUAAUUGAGAGGAUAUAAUUAAUCUAGUCGAUGAUUAUGAUGAUGAUAUUUUGUGUUUUUCCCUCCUUUAUGUAGACUAUUUAUCAUCAUCUCAAUCAAUCCUCUCAACCAAUUUCCAUCUCUUCAUUUUUCAGCUUUCUCUGAAAUCAUCUCUCAUUCCAUGUAAAAAUGAACUCACAGACGUCGUUUUUGACAAAAUACAAAUUAUCACUGGAAAAAGAAAGUAAAAAGAGAGCCUGAAACCCGAAUUUCUCAUCAUUAUAAAAUAGAUCAAAUUGAAUCGGGAAACAAAACUAAAUCACCCCAAGAAUCAAUCUUGUUAACAAAUUUCACUAAAAUGUUAAUUAUCAAUUCAAUAAAUUUUUACUAAUCCAAUAAGAUA